GCGCUGUGGAUCAGUAGCAGUUGGGGGGAUGGAGGAGGAAUGGCAUGCUUGGAGUUGUUCUCGAGACAGAAUCCCGUAGAUGGGAUGACUGCUUCAUGAAUGUGUCUGUCAUACUGCGCCCCGUCGCAGCGCACAAAAGGGCUCAAUGGGCACCCGACGCGGACGUUUCACCAGUCUGCUGCACAGCAAGGAACAGCCCGAUGACGACAGUUCGUGGGCUCCUUCCACGAGCAGCUCGUACCAAGCAGGGCCUCCGUCGCUAUCACCUGAGGUAGAGUGCGCCCACCAGACGCUGGACUUGCCCUUGGACGACCUGAAGGCUCUGCUCGAGUCCUUGCGGACAGCGGCCGCGAGCCAACCGUUCCAGGAGGAGUUGGCGCGGUUGCGCCAGCCAGACACGGGUGCUUUCCAGAAGCGGCAGGGCUUUGCCAGAGCACUUGGAGCGGCUUGGAAGAGGCCUAUACGCGCUGCUGGGCUCAGGAUUGAUGGAAGUACAUUUCCGGCGUUGAUACAGGCCGUGAGAUCGCAUGCCUUCGAGCCUGGCAUCAAGACUCUGUCGGAGGAGGUCGAGCGACAGCUCAAAUUCGUGCCCGGUGCUUUGUUCGGCUCACGGGCCGGCGAGCUGAAGGGAUACGAUGCCAAGGCGAGGGAGCGCGGCGCGUUCAGUAAGGCGGUGGACGGACAGGCACCCGCGGUCAAGAGCCAGCCCAGCGAGGUCCGCCGGCCGACGGGGUACCGCGGCCGGGAGCUGAACCGCGGGGAGGCGAGGGACAUGCUGCAGGCCUUCCUCGAUAUAGCCAGGCGCACCGAGACGCAGCGCUCCGUCGCGAGGGUGCACCAGCAGGGAGGACAGCGCAUGCCGGCGUUGAUAAGCUCUCUCCUCGACGACUCCAUGAGGCAGUUCGACUACCCCACGACAGCGAAGGGCUACGAGCAGAUGGCGCGCGACGCCGCGGCGCACGGGUCGGACCAGCGAGUCAAGGAACAGCUCCGCGAGCUCGAGCGGCUGUUUAUGAUGCCAGCGGGCUUCUGGUUUCAGGUGCCAGCCGGCCAGGUCGUCGAGCCGCUUGGCGACGCUGGCGCGCAGGCGUUCAACCCGGCGCCGACCCUGACCCUGGAGCAGGGCCGCGCGCUGCAGCGGCGCCUGCGCAGGCUUUUCGCGGAGGAGGCCUUCCAGCAGAGGCUCCGCGCACUGCGCCAGG